CGCUGAUUGUAUAGUGUUGAACGUUCGCCGUGACUCGCAUAUCGUUCUGUCUGCAUUUCUAACCUAAUAAUUUGACGGGUUGUGGAAGGAGUAAACGUUUCAUAUUUUCAUACAACUCGUCGUAGCGGAAUAUUGUUAGAGAUGCCUGAGAGUACCAAGGCUGAGAUUAAACCCGUUAAAGAAACGAAAAAUGGAAAGAAGGAAGAGAAAAAUGAUUUAUCAGAGGAGGAUAAACUGCUUCAGGAAGAAUUAGGUAAUUUAGUUGAUCAUCUUCAGGAUCUUAAUACCAACUUGCAUCUUCCUGCACUGGAGUCUCUGCAGUCGCAAAUUCGUGCAUCUACCACAUCAAUGACAAGCGUACCAAAACCUCUAAAAUUCAUGAGACCCCACUAUGAUACAAUGAAGAACGUAUAUGAAAAGAUAACCGAUCCAAAAGCAAAGGAGUUAUGUUCAGACAUUAUUUCUGUUCUUGCCAUGACCAUGGGAGAAGGCAGAGAAUGUCUGAAAUACAGGUUAACUGGAUCAGCUUUAGAAAUUGGGGAGUGGGGUCAUGAAUACGUAAGACAUUUAUCUGGAGAACUGGCAGGAGCUUGGGAUGAGAUAACUGGUGAUGUUGAUAGUAAAAAGUUGAUAGCCCUUGUUCACGAAAUUAUCCCUUACAACAUGGCUCAUAAUGCUGAGACAGAAGCAUGCGAUUUACUUAUGGAAAUCGAGCGACUUGAUUUGCUAGAGCAAUAUGUGGAUGAGAGUGCUUAUCAAAGAGUUUGCCUCUACCUUACAAGUUGUGUACCAUAUGUGGCUGAUCCAGAGAACAGUACUCUUCUUCAUGCUGCUUCAAAACUGUACAGAAAAUUCAACCAAUAUCCACAAGCAUUAAGACUUGCUAUGCAGUUGAAUGAUCUGCCACUUAUUGAAGAAAUCUUCACAAGCUGCACAGAUUUAGCUGUAAGGAAACAGUUAGCAUUUAUGUUGGGUCGCCAGCAAAUUUACAUUGAGAUUCCUGACACCUUGAACGAAUACGAUGACCUAGUAGAGUCUAUGUCCAACACACAUCUGAAUUCCCACUUUCUGAACUUAGCUCGCGAGUUAGACAUAACAGAGCCAAAGACCCCAGAGGAUGUAUAUAAAUCACAUCUUGAAAACUCUAGACCUCCAUUCGGUGGUGGUCAAGUGGAUUCAGCUAGACAAAACCUGGCAGCUAGUUUCGUAAACGGAUUUGUAAAUGCUGCCUUCGGUCGGGACAAAUUACUUAUGGAAGAUGGAAACAAAUGGUUAUACAAGAACAAAGAACACGGUAUGCUGAGUGCCACUGCUUCCCUAGGUCUCGUCCUCUUGUGGGAUGUUGAUGGUGGAUUAACACCCAUUGAUAAGUACCUCUACUCAUCCGAAGAUUACAUAAAAUCUGGAGCAUUGUUGGCGUGUGGAAUUGUCAAUUGUUUUGUGAGAAACGAGUGUGAUCCUGCUUUGGCUCUUCUUUCUGACUACGUAUUGCACAGCAGCAAUACUAUGAGAAUUGGUGCUAUUGUUGGUCUCGGCUUAGCAUACGCUGGCUCUAAUAGAGAAACAGUGUUAAGCUUACUCACACCAGUACUCAGUGAUCCAAAAUCGAGUUGGGAAGUAGUCGGAGUAGCAGGUCUCGCUCUUGGCAUGGUGGCCGUAGGAUCGUGUAACGCAUACGUUACCACGGCGAUAAUGCAUACCCUAAUGGAAAAGUCUGAAACAGACCUUAAAGACACCUACGCGAGAUUCUUACCACUUGGUCUGGGUCUGUGUUUCCUAGGAAAACAGGAAGCUGCUGAAGCUAUAAUUGCUGCUCUAGAAGUUAUCCCCGAGCCCUUCAGGUCCAUGUCUACGACCUUGGUUGAAGUUUGCGCAUAUGCUGGUACCGGAAAUGUCCUGAAGAUUCAGCAUCUUCUUCACAUCUGUUCAGAACACUAUGAACCAACGAAUGAGAAGGAGGAAAAGAGUGAUCGCAAAGAUAAGGAGAAAAAAGAAGAGAAGAAGGAAGAGAAAGAGAAAGACUUAAGUUCUCGCCAGGCUAUCGCUGUUCUUGGUAUUGCGUUAAUCGCGAUGGGAGAAGAAAUUGGUGCCGAGAUGGCGUACAGAACGUUUGGUCACUUGCUUCGCUAUUGUGAACCGGUUAUACGACGUUCCGUACCACUAGCUCUAGGUCUUAUAUCCGUUUCUAAUCCAAAAUUAAAUAUCCUUGAUACUCUUUCUAAAUUCUCGCACGAUAGCGACCCUGAAGUAGCCCACAAUGCCAUCUUCGCAAUGGGUCUCGUUGGUGCUGGAACGAAUAACGCUAGACUGGCUGCAAUGCUUAGGCAACUGGCACAAUUCCACGCUAAGGAUCCUAACAACUUGUUCAUGGUACGCAUCGCACAAGGUCUAACACAUCUCGGCAAGGGAACAUUAACCCUUUCGCCGUAUCACAGCGACAGACAACUUCUAAGUCCCGUCGCCCUAGCUGGUCUCUUAGGAACUCUUAUAGGUUUUUUGGACGUGAAGAAUAUAAUUCUUGGUCGCUCUCACUAUCUUUUGUACACCCUGGCCGCUGCGAUGCAGCCUAGGAUGCUCGUUACUUUCGAUGAGGAGUUGAAUCCUUUGGCGGUGCCAGUACGAGUGGGACUUGCAGUCGACGUUGUUGGUCAGGCUGGUAAGCCUAAAACGAUCACCGGCUUCCAGACACAUACAACACCAGUUCUAUUAGCAUAUGGAGAACGGGCAGAACUUGCAACAGACGAAUAUAUUCCAGUCACUCCGAUCCUGGAAGGCUUCGUUGUCUUGCAAUAUAAUCCUGAUUUUGAUCCUUAGUUAUAAUGUGGAAUUUCUUAUUCGAAUGUACCACUCGUAUUGUAUUGCUAAUAAAAACGUCUGCCUUGCCUCUGCCUGGUAGACUUCUUUCUCAAUAUGUCUACUAUUUAUAAUUAAACUACCAAAGCAAAGGGAAAGCAGAUUCUCUUCAUAAA